AUGCAACUUAUUUAUGUCAACAUGCAACUUUGUUAUGUUAACAUGCUACUUAUUUAUGUUAACAUGCGAGAUAAAUAUGUUUACAUGCAACUUAUUUAUGUCGACAUGCGCGAUAAAUAUGUUGAUCUGCAACCGCCAAAGAGAAGACGUACGAAGUCUGCUGAAGUUAAUUGCCGCCUUAAUCCAUGUGACAAGCUUAGCACAAGAUGGAGAAUACAAAGGUUUUUAAAGUGUGGAACAACAAUCGCACAGAGGGGCGAUUGUUGGGGGCCAGCAAAUUUCAAGAAUUAAAGACCAAAGUAAUUACAAAAUUUGAAUUGGGCGAUGAAACAGGAAAUAUUCGACUUGUUUUAAGUGAUGGGUGUAUAAUAGAUGACGAAGAUGUUUUUCUACAACUUGAAAGCAACGAACUGUAUGUCUUGAAAGCAGAUGAAGUUUUAAACAUCCCCCAAGCAUUAUCAACUGCAUCAGGAGGGUCAGAAGCAGGAAUGCCUUCAUCAAAGAGCGAACAGUUAUCUGAAUUAGUAAAAAGACUGCGUUCAAAACAAUCGAAUCAGAGACCAUCGAAAAAGCAGAAGUCUACAUCUAUGACGUGCCACAAAGUUCAGCUUGGGUGGAUGUUACAUACAGGUACUAAGUUUACACAAGUGCGGACCUCCAGUGGUGGGGGGACGAGAAUUGUGGAAAUGGCAGAUGCUUCAACAUAUGCGGAAAUCAAAAAUAGAGCGAUAGAAAUUUUCUUUCCAAAUGGUUCCAAUAUUAAAGGAAAGAAGGAAGAUUUCGAUCACCACCUUGGGGAUUUUCAGGGCCGUUCCAUUCCCCAAGAUGGAUUCACUCUUCAAAUAUACAUAAACUCCAUGAAAGCAUGCAAUAUGACAGUUAAGCCACGGCUCUAUCUUUUAUCAAAGAUGAAAGAUGAAGAAAAUGAGGAUGAAAGCUGGGAAUUUGCGGAAGAAGUGGAUGUUAAUCCACCCAUUUCCAUUCUGAAUGCGCCAGGAGUCUCAACUCAGAAUCCACAAAAUCCAGCUAAUUCACCCAGUACAGCAGUGUCAACACCACAUCAGCAGGAAUCAAUUCAAAAUGAUGAAGAAAACAGUUGGGAUCUUCCUGAUCUUCAAUCUCCUGUUGUGUUGAGAAUGCCACAAGUCCCAACCUGCACAAUAUGUACAGAUCGGUUCUGCGAUACAUUUUUUGUACCAUGCGGCCACAUCGCUUGUGCAGUGUGUACUGCUGAACUGGAGGAGCGGGGUAGUCAGUGCCACAUCUGCAGAGAGUCGUUUACAUCAACUUCAAAACUCUUUUAUUAGAUUAAGUGUAGAUGUUCAAAAAAAUUUGACUGAAUUUCAAUUGUUUAGGCUAAAUAAUGUCAAGCAAAUAGAGUUUAAUUGUGGUUGAAAUAUACAAGCAAAAUUUACUUUAAUAUACUGUUGAGGUUGUACUAAUAUUCUAGAUUCACAAUCUCUGAAAUUCAGAUUUGAAGAGAGAAAAAAAUUAUAACUCAAAAUAAAAAAACUUAACUUACUGCUAUGACAAAAGAAAAAAUAUUAGCUUCUCCAAAAAUGAGCUAAUAUGCUCUUGUUUAAAUUUUUUUAUUAUGAAUUUGAGCAAAACAAUAUUUUACAUUUAUAUGUAGACUGUAUAGAACGCUAUACAAUUUGAUUAGGAAAUACAUGUAUCAUGUUUGAAAUUUUUGGACAUAAAAUAUUGAGAGUAUAAGCAGUAAGGUUGUGAUCUUUUUGAUAGGAAAAGGAGAGCCUCUUUAUGACAUCUUUAUGCAUUUAUGCAUUUUUUUCAUAUUGCAUAGUGUUUUGGUGAAUAAAAGAUUCCAUCAUGUGCUAGCUUUGCUAUGGAUUGCUUUUCAAUUCACAUAAAUGUAGAAACAAAGGAUGUUAAAAUUUUAAUGCAUAUUUUGUCAAAUUUUUACCAAACUGGCACAUACUGUUCAUGCUUUUAAUAUUUAAAGUUGAUAAUUUUAAAAAGAAAAGAAUUGUUUCAAGGAUUAUUUGAAAAGUUUUUUCUAAACCUAAUUUUUUUAGCUUCUAUUGUUAAUCUAGCACCAAUUUUAGCAACCCCCUCCCCUUAUGCUCUUGGUUGCCAUGGAAUUCAUCAGCUUUCCUUUAACCUGUAUGCAAAUUUCAUACUGGUACAGUGCAUGUCUAUGGAUCAUUAUAUGAAUUAUGAAGACAGUUUUGAUAUACAGGUUAAGUUAAGGACUCAUGAUUAUUGUUUAUAGUCAAGUGACUGCAACCAGUAACAGUUUAUAAUGACUCAUAUAGCUUAAACAAUUAAGCUAUUUUUUAUGAUUUUCAAUUAUUAUUAAUUUUUUUGCUUGUUUACCUCAACAUAAAUAAAUAGUUGAUUUUUUUUUAUCAAGACACUUGAAGAUAUAUCUAAGUGAUCUGGUAUGAUUUAUUGUCAUUAAUUUUAAUUUUUUCCCCAUAUUGCCAUUUUUUUUUAUUUGGUUGUAGUAGUCCAAUUAGCAAAUUAAUGUAAAAAACAAACACAUUUUUUUGUAUUUUAUUUCAGUUAGUCUUGUAAUUUAUCAUAGUUAAGCAACAUUUAAUUUUUUUUAAAUAAAUCUUAAUAACCCAUGUUUGAUUUUUUUUAAUGAGUUGUGCUUCCAAAUCUGUAAAAAAAAAAAUUAAUUCAAUGAAUUAUGCAUAGAUCUGUUCCGUGCAUUGAUAUGCCUUCAUUUACACUCCUAAAAUUAUGAUAUUGACUUUAAAUUAUCGGAUUAUUAUCGCACUGAAGCAGUAGUGUGCGUGUAAUUUUUAAAAAGUAAAUAACCAAAGUGAAAUCACAAAUCGAUACAAGUGCCAGAAGACCCAGGAAUGGCAAAAAAAUUCACAGGCAAUAUGAUAAAUUUGUGAUUUCAUUUUGGAUAAAUACUUUUUUGAAAUAUGACCGAUUUUCAAAAUGGUAAAAUUUUGAAUCAAAUGAUUAAAUUUGAAUGCAAAAGAAAUUGUGUGAUACAUAACUUUGAACAAUUGUGCGUGCCUGCAGAUUUGUUACUACCCAAGACAAUGUGCAAUGAGGCACGUAUCUUGGGUCUUUUUACAUUGGUAAAGUUGAUGUUUAUGAC